GAGUGGUUCUUAAAACCAGUCUCAUCAAAUAAUAGGUUCUUCUGAUCCCAAAGGACCAGCCACACACCCAGGUCAAUACAUAACACAGAUCUUACCCAAAAAUCAUGCGGGUGCCAAUCCUUUAAUAUCUAUAAUCUAAAGGUUUAUUGAAAGAAAGAAAGAAAGAAAGAAAGAAAGAAAGAAAGAAAGAAAGAAAGAAAGAAAGAAAGAAAAAGUUAAAAUUGGUUAAAGGAAUCGAUUACAUACAGUAAAGGCAAAGUUCUUGAUUCAGGCUUGUAGCAGCUAUGGAAUAAACUGCUGAUUUAGGUAAAGGCUCUGGAAUACAUCCACAGCUUGGAUGGAUAAUUCAGUCCUUUGUUCAGAGCUUCAGUUUGUAGCAAAGUUCCUUCAGAAGUAAGAAGCAGGAUUGAAGACCAAAUGGAGGGCCUUUUAUAGUGUUUGCUAUGUGGAGGGCAUCCCAUUGUUCUUACUGUGGAAGAUUACAGCAACAAGAUGGAGUUUGGAGUCACAUGGGCAAGUCACAUGUUUAUGCUCAAUUUCCCUCAGGUAUUGCAGGAAGCCAUUACCUACACUCCAGACAGCACGUUUACAUGACAGUCCACUCAGUCUAAAUGGGCGUCUCCCAUGGUCCAUUGUCAACCAAGUGUUUCUUGAUGAGCCACUUAAUUUGAAUAGUCCCUCCAAGAUGUGCUGGCUGUUACUUUGUGGGCAUUACCCCAAGAGCAAACAUUUGAAAUCCAAAUAUAGAUUUAUAACUUUAAAUACAAAAAUGCUACAUGCAUAGAGAUAGCAUAAUUAUAACCAGCAAAUCAUAACCUUUUCAUAGACACCUCACUAGACAACCUUUGUACAAUAUUUUCUGCAAAUGUAUAACAGUGGUUGCAACAAUAGUCUAUAUGAUCAUAUUCUUUGUCUCCUCUCAGAUGGGAUCACCAGUGCCCCAUGAUUUGCAUUGGCUGUCUUUUGAUUUCUAGAUGAAGUUUAAGGUGCUCAAAAUUAACUAUAAAUUCCUGUAUUACUUGAGACCAGUCUGCGUGAGAGAUCCUUUCUCCCCCUAUGUGCGUGUGGUAUACUGGCCUAAUUGGAAUAGGCGGAAACACCAGAACUGGAGCCACAACGGGGUAAAUUAGAGAAGGGGGAAAGCUGAUGGCAGGGUAUUUUACUGUAAGUGUCCUUAACUUUGGAAACUAGUAUCAAUCUCCAGCUCUGAUGAUCUUUAGGGCAUGCUGCAAAAACCAUCUGUUUUCAGGAGCUCUUAGGAAAGAACCUUGUUGUUGUUGAUGAAUGUGGAGCCGUUAUAGAUAUUUUAAUUUCCCCAGUGUACGAGACUUCCUCUUGGGGUUAGGAGAGAGGCUGCUGGAUUUGCUUUUAUUUAUACUGAACUUUACAUGAGCAAAAUUCUUUAGAGCAACGCAUAGACUUUUUUGUUCUCGUGAAAAAAUAAAAUACAAAUAAAAAGUAAAUAAAUGCAUGUUGCAUUCUGAAAAGAAGGUCGGAGAAAAUGCUUAUGGAAAGAGAAUGAAAUAAUGUACCCUAAGCACUCGUAUGUGCAGUAAUGUCUAAGAAAACAACAAAAAUAGGAAUGAUUCGUACUAUUCGAGUAUGAUUUAUAUUCAAGGUCGAUUUGUCCCAGUAUGAAACAUAGUUGUGAAUUAUCCCCAAUUUGAAGGGGAGAGAGAGAACGGAAUUGUUUUGUUCGUGUGACAGUAAUUUUAUAAAAUUACUGCAUCAAGAUGAGGAGUAUAGCUAACAGUAAGUACGCCAUCACAGCAAGAUUUGUAGAUUUAUUAUGUAGUUUUAAGACUCGAUAAAGCAUAUGGUGCGGGGGGGGGGGAGGGGAACAUAUUAAAAGCCAAUUUAAAAAGUAAAGGAGUACUUGUGGCAUCCGAUGAAGUGAGCUGUAGCUCACUAAAGCUUAUGCUCAAAUAAAUAAGUUUGUUAGUCUCUAAGGUGUCACAAGUCCUCAUGUUCUUUUUGCGAAUACAGACUAACACGGCUGCUAUUCUGAAAUUUAAAAAGUAUUAAUCGGAGCUGUUGCAGUUAUCGGUUGACACUCUGGGUGCCGCUGUUCACCAGCGAGGCAGAGAAAUGCAAUCAGAGAUUCAGGCAGCCCCGCCCUCUGGUUCACAGCACAGACUGCAGAGAGUUCAAACAGUUUGGAACGCAGCCUUCAUACAAACGGUUGCAUGGAUGAUCUCCGCAGUAGAAUUAUUAUAUAAACUAGUAUCUCAGGAAAGAAAACAAUAAAAAUCACACUAAACUACAGUGUCCCGAGAUUAGGAUUCUGCACCUCUACUUCAAAGAUCUGGAAAUGGCGGAUAAAGCAAGGCUCCGCGACUGCAAAAGACUAGCCCUGUUCUGCUUUACAUUGGUUACCGCUUGGGAGACAGUUUCUGGGAAAAUUCACUAUUCAAUUCCUGAAGAAAUGCAGAAAGGCUCUUUCGUGGGGAAUAUCUUAAAGGAUCUGGGACUGGAUUUAAAGGAACUCUCAGACCGGGGAGUCCGCAUUGUUUCCACAGGUAGGACUCAGUAUUUUGCUCUGAAUCUUAAGAGCGGCCAUUUAAUCACCACAGAAAGAAUGGACAGAGAGCAAAUCUGUGGCCAGCUAGAGACGUGUCUGUUACAUCUUGAGGUUCUUGUUGAGGAUAAAGUGAAGCUUUUCAUAGUUGACGUUGAAAUCACAGAUAUUAAUGACAAUGCGCCCCGCUUCCAGGAAGAUGAAUUGGAAUUUAGAAUCAGUGAGUUAGCCGCUGUGGGAACCCGAUAUUCUCUUGAGGAGGCGCAGGAUCCAGAUGUGGGAGCCAGUUCUGUGCAGGGCUAUUAUCUCAGCAGUAACAAACACUUCUCUCUGGAUGUGCAAACGGGAGCUGACGGGGACAAAUAUGUCGAACUGGUGCUGGAAAAGUCUCUAGACCGGGAAGAACAAGAUGUUCACGAUCUAAUCCUCACAGCCACUGACGGGGGAGAUCCAGUUAGGUCCGGAACUGCACAGAUCCGCGUUAUUGUCCUUGACGCAAAUGACAAUGCACCAGUUUUCAGUCAGCCUGUCUAUAAAGUGAGUGUUUUGGAAAAUGUGCCCGUCGGGUCUCUGCUGCUGACAGUAAACGCCACAGAUCCGGACGAAGCAAUAAAUUCGGAGGUCACAUAUUCACUCCGGAAGAUGAAAGACAAAGCGUCCCAGAUAUUCCAGGUGGAUUCUAAAACGGGGGAAAUAUCAAUUGUGGGAAACCUGGAUUAUGAGGAAGCUGCAUUAUAUGAAAUGGAGGUUCAAGCAAAGGACGUUGGAGACCUCUCGGCCAGGUCUAAAGUCCUGGUUACGGUGAUUGAUGUUAAUGAUAAUGCUCCCAAAAUAACAAUCGCUUCUCUCUUCAGCUCAGUCAGCGAAGACAACCCUCCAGGGACUCUGAUUGCUCUAUUAAACAUCAGAGAUAAAGAUUCUGGAGAGAAUGGAGAGGUCACAUGCUCCAUACCCGGCAACCUGCCAUUCCGGUUACAGAAAUCAUUUGACAAUUAUUACAGCUUGGUGACUGACAGACCCCUGGACCGUGAGCGGGUCUCGGAUUACAAUGUGACGAUCACAGCCACAGACCGAGGGGCUCCAAAUUUGGCUUCCAAAACAACAAUUUUAGUGCAACUUUCAGACAUAAACGACAACGCUCCCAUCUUCAACCAGACAUCCUACACUUUGUACAUCACGGAGAACAAUCCCAGAGGAGCUUCCGUUUGUUCCCUGAAAGCGAAUGAUCCUGACUCGGGGGAGAACGCCAGAGUCACUUACUCCAUUACUGGAACUCAGAACCAGGAAGCUCCACUCUCCUCCUCCAUCUCCAUUAACUCCGAGACUGGGGCUCUCUACGCUCUGCGCUCCUUCGAUUACGAACAGUUCCGGGAGAUUCGGUUCCAAGUGCAGGCUCAGGAUGGGGGUUCCCCACCUCUCAGCAGUAAUGUCUCCGUCACUCUCUUUAUACUGGAUCAGAAUGACAACAGCCCGCACAUCUUACACCCCUCCUUUCCCACCGAUGGCUCCACGGGAGUGGAGUUGGCCCCUCGCUCCUCCGAGCCGGGUUACCUGGUCACUAAGGUGGUGGCGAUGGAUGCAGACUCCGGGCAGAACGCCUGGCUCUCCUUCCAGCUGCUGAAGGCUACAGAGCCGGGGCUCUUCUCUGUGGGACUCCACAGCGGCGAGAUCAGGACAGCGCGCUCCUUUGUAGACAAAGAUGCGCUCAAGCAAAGUCUGGUGGUUUUAGUGAAGGACAACGGGCAGCCCCCUCUCUCUUCCACGGCCACUGUCACGGUGGUGGUGGCUGACAGCAUCCCCGAAAUCCUCUCCGAUUUAAGCAGCCUCUCAGCUCCUGCAGACCCCCAGUCCAGCCUCACCUUGUAUUUGGUGAUCGCUGUGGCUUCCGUUUCCUGCUUGUUCUUUACCUUUAUCCUAGUGUUACUGGCCCUGAGGCUCCGCCGGUGGAGAAACUCGCAGCUGUUUGACUCCUCGAGUUGUGACUUUCAGUGGAGUUCCCGUCUCGCAGUUUGUGGGGAUCGAUGGAGUCAGAGCUUUUCUUCACUCCUACUCACAUGAGGUUUCUCUAACCACGGACUCCAGAAAAAGUCAAUUUACCCUACCAAAAUUAAACUGUUCAAGUACCCCAACGUGUCAGUCAAUUGAUAAAAAAAAGGAAUCCUUCCUCAUGUCAGAGAAUUUGAGUGUGAGCAAUGGGGUCCAGCCACUC